AUGGCCACGUUGUCGUCAGCUUGCAGCAGUUACGUACGCCAGCCGCCCGGACAACCUUUAAAAACGCUAAACGUCACGAACGCCAUUCUCCGGACGGACAAAGGACAGGCGUCGUCGUACCGGCCACAAUGCACGGCGAAACGAAAGAGCGCCGUGGAACUAUUGCAAGAAACAAAAUCGCUUUACGUCAAAUCGGAAACAGUGCUCGACAGGAAACAAGAACUCAGGCGGAGUCUCCGAAGCAGUGGUUCUUCCGACAAGGGCUCAUCAUCGUAUGACAUAGCUUCCGGUUGUUAUAACUAUAAAGGUAACUGCUGUAAUUGGUCGAGUGGAAGUUUUACUUGUCUGCCGCCACCUAAAAGCCCUCGACUGGUGGCUGGAUGUCAGAGAAAGUCAACGGCGGACUCACAACAGCUUCAAAACGAUCUCAGACGUCUAUUAAAUACUGACUCUAAAGAAAACUUAUUCGAAGCAACUUCGGUGUUCCUCGAUGAUGUCAUCGUUCCUCCUCCUGUGCAGUACCGCCGAUCGGUGUCGCAUGGCCAACAGCAGCAGCAGCAGCAGCAGCAUCAUCCAUGUUGUUGUGGACCAUCGGCCGCUUGCCACAAAUCACUUCCGGAUCUCACGGAUGUUGCGACAGCAGCCACGGAAGCAAUUACGGAUGUGGCAACGCCAGCGGUGAUGGCUGGCCCGAUCCGCCAUUGCCGUCGUUCCACGUCUUCGGGAUCUGUGGCUGCUGGAGACGAUGAUGACGAAGAUGCCGAUGAUGACAUAUUCGAAACAUACCUACCAUCUCCGCCAGGAUUUGGAAACAAGUCCAGACAAGACGAAACGGACUCGGUCGCCAACGUAACCUCUUUCCCGGAUUCAUUGAGCCUAACCAGUUACAAAACGGAUGCCAGAUGGCAGCAGUCUGCUCACGGAGGGACCGGAAGUUCGAUCGAAGAGGAAAAUGACGACGGAAGCGGUGGCGUUUCGCCGCGUUCGUCCGCAUCGCCCGUCAAGUCUACCGUGUCACAUGGCCGCUGGCGUCCACAGACCGUUGGAGCGGCGGCGAUGACUGCGGCCGGUGGACACCAACCGACGCCUCCCGCUGUUCCACUACGUCGACAUCAAUUGCCGACGGCGACCGACGAGUUCCGCGGCCGGCCGAUACUGCGCAGCAAGUCGGAUGUGGGUCACAGGGCACCCAAUUUGCUGAGUCUGUUGCCGGUGGAGGUGUCUAAGGCCGACGAACGACACGUAUACGAUCCCAGUCAGUUGGAGAACUUUUUCGGCCACCUGGGCCUCGAUCCCGAUGAGUACAAGUGGAUCAUAAAAACCGAUUCGGAGACGGGCUCGCAGGUAUGUUUCGGCGGUUCAAACAGUUCGGUGGGCUCGGUGAGCGGCGGCAGCAAUAACAACAACACAAACUGCUUCAUGGAUAGUCAUUGGGCGGGUGGCGGUGGUGUUCGGGGGGACGGCGACGGUUGCGAGGGAGGAACUGGCAGACCGGUCGGGAAAUCCGGCGGCUUAUCUUCCUCGUCCGAACUGCCGUCGAUCGUCGAACGGAACGCCAGGAUCAUCAAAUGGCUGUGGAACUGCCGGAAGGCGAACUUGCAGCAGACGCCAUUACCGCCGACGCCAUCCUCUACUUAG